CCAGCAUACAUGUCAUCAUCCUUGAUAGAACAGUCAAUAAAAAUGCUCCAAUUUUCUUCUAAACUGAAGUUACUUGAAUGUACCCUAUCUUAGAUAUUAUCCCUGCACACGAUACUUCACCACCACAAAAAUGGAGGAUCUGAGGCUGAGAGGGUUCAACACAAGUUCCACAACCUCUACCCCUCCCCUUCACACACUUAGACACGCACGUCGCACAACCUUGAACCGUGUGUUUAUGGCGGUUUACACUUGUGCUAUCUUAGCCCAUCUUUAUCACCAUGCACACAAACUCAUCGAAUCAACCACCUUAGCCUCCUUCUUUAUCACCCUUUCCUUGUUUAUCUCUGAUAUUAUCCUUGCCAUCAUUUGGGUCAUGCAGCAAUGUUUCCGAGUGGCCAUUGUUUAUCGCAGUGAAUUCCCUGAAAACCUUGAAAAGGUCAUGAAGAAAUCGGAUUUUCCAGCACUAGACGUGUUCAUUUGCACAGCAGAUCCGUACAAGGAACCACCAAUAAGGUUGGUGAGCACAGCCUUAUCAGUCAUGGCUUAUGACUAUCCAACAGAGAAGAUUUCGGUCUAUGUAUCAGAUGAUGGUGGUUCACAGCUCACUCUCUUUGCUUGUAUGGAAGCUGCAAAGUUUGCAAGUCAUUGGUUACCAUUUUGUAGGAAGACGAACAUAACAGAUAGAAGCCCAGAAGCCUAUUUUGCAUCAAAGCACUCAUGGUCAUCUGAUGCUGAAAAGAUUAAGAUAAUGUAUGAAAGGAUGAAAGUUAGGGUAGAGAAUGUUCUUGAGCUUGGGAAAGUUAGUGAAGAGUAUAUCACUGAUGAGUCAGAGCGCAGGGCUUUGAGCAAAUGGACAGAUGAAUUUACACACCAAGAUCAUUCCACCAUCAUUAAGGUCUUAUUAGAGAGUAGCAAAAACAAAGAUAUCACGGAUCAUUUGAUGCCAAAUCUCAUCUAUCUCUCUAGAGAAAAGAGCAAAACUUCAUCCCACCAUUUCAAGGCUGGUGCCCUUAAUGUCCUGCUUCGAGUCUCGGCUGCCAUGACCAAUGCACCUAUAAUCCUAACCUUGGAUUGUGAUAUGCACUCCAAUGAUCCACAAACACCCCUUCGUGCAUUGUGUUAUCUAUCAGAUCCUAAACUUCAGUCCAAAUUAGGAUAUGUUCAAUUCCCUCAAAUGUUUCAUGGGAUCAACAAGAAUGACACUUAUGGUAGUGAAUAUAAACGAGUUUUUCAAACUAAUCCAAUGGGUAUGGACGGACUAUUGGGCCCAAAUUAUAUUGGAACCGGAUGCUAUUUCAAUCGGCGGGUUUUCUUUGGAGGUCCAUCAACUUUUAUUUCACCAGAAAUCACAGAAAUUAGCCCAUACAAUGUAGUGAACAAGCCCAUCCAAUCCCAACAAAUUCUCGAUUUGGCACACAAGGUUGCAGGGUGCAGUUAUGAGAACAAUACCAAGUGGGGGUUCGAGAUGGGCUUCAAUUAUGGAUCACUAGUUGAGGACUUCUACACGGGGUAUCGGCAAAAAUGUGAUGGAUGGAGGUCCAUAUUUUGCAAUCCUAAGAGGCCAGCCUUUUUGGGUGAUGCACCAAUCAGCCUUAUUGAUGGAUUGAAUCAAUGCCAAAGAUGGGUCAUUGGUGUUAUACAAGUUGAAUUCUCAAAAUAUAGCCCCAUAACCUUCGGCACUAGGUCCAUGGGCCUUAUUAUGGGCCUUACUUAUACAUAUUAUAUACUGUUACCCAAUUGGCUUAUUCCAUACAUCAUAUAUGCCUUCCUCCCCCAACUAGCUCUUCUCAAUGAAGUUAGUAUAUUCCCAAAGUUAUCGGAGCCAUGGUUCUUCUUGUACGUGUUUCUUUUCCUUGGAGCCUAUGGAAGUGAUCUCCUUGAAUUUAUAGUAGAGGGUGGAACAGUUCAAAGGUGGUGGAAUGAUCAAAGAAUGUGGACGAUAAGAGUACUCUCAAGCUACUUGUUCGCAUUCCUGGAGUACUUUCUCAAGUGUCUAGGCAUUUCCACAUACGGUUUUAGUUUGACCAACAAAGUUGUUGAUGAUGAACAGAGCAAAAGAUAUGACCAAGGUGUUUUUGACUUUGGAGUCCCAUCACCCAUGUUUGUGCCAAUAACAGUGGCAGCAAUAAUCAACUUAGUCUCAUUUUUUAUGGGGCUCAUGCAAGUUUUGAAGGGCAGCAAUUCGGAGGGACUAUUUUUGCAGAUGUCUAUGGCAGGUUUUGUAGUGGUGAAUUCCAUGCCAAUCUAUGAAGCCGUAGUCUUGAGGAGGGAUAAAGGAAGAAUGCCAGUGAAGAUUACUACAAUUUCUACAUGUCUGGCAUUGGCUCUCUAUGUUCUAGCUUCACAGGUUCUUUUCAUCUAAGGAAUAGAAAUUACGAAUUGGGUUUAUAUUCUUUCUGCUAAAUAAGUAGAAAACUUCAUUACUUGUAUGCAAUUUCAAGUAUGGAACUUCUUUUUUCUUU